CCCUCAGGGGCGAAUUUCUGGCUUGGUUAAAAAUAUUCCCUCGCGGUGCCCCGCCUACUCCCGGGUUAUGUCCUGCGCGCCACCCUCCGGUUGGGCCGUUGCAGAGUGAGCGGUGACGACCUGCUAGUGAUGGGGGCCAAGCUACGAGGAUUUUCUCGGCCGGGUUAUGUCCUGCACGCAACCCUCCGAUGGGUUGUGUGCGCCUUGAGUGCUAGCCACAGGCAUUAUACCGGGAGGGCGGUCUUUCCCUCCUGGUCGAGUUUUUUUAAACCAUGUCUAUGUCCCAAAAAAUCACCUUUUCUCUAAGGACCAUGUUUCGGUCUCUUCUUAGCCAUCAGUGGGUUGUGUGCGUCUUGCGUGCCAGCCACAAGCAUUAUACCGGGAGGGCCGUCUUUCCCUCCCGGCCGAGUUUUUUAAACCAUGUCCAAAAAUCACCUUUUCUCUAAAGACCAUGUUUCGGUCUCUUCUUAGUCAUCAGUGGGUUGUGUGCGCCUUGAGUGCCGGCCACAGGCAUUAUACCGGGAGGGCGCCCCCCCCCCCUCGAGUUUUUUUUAAACCAAGUCCAUGUCCAAAAAAAUCACCUUUUCUCUAAGUAGAGGGGAUAUUUGUGUGAAGAGAUAAGCGAACAGAACUAAGGAUGUGUUUGGUUGCGGGUCAGGACGGGAUGGAACAGGACCAUCCCACACACUAGAGUGUUUGGUUGUGAGUCAAGGCUGAGACGGGACCAUCCCCACAAAAAUACUAUCACUAGAAUAUUGUCCCUAUUCAUCCCUCUGAAUCGGACGGACAAUUGCGUCCUCCCUGGGACAAAGCCCCUCACGAGCCCUUCUCAUCCUCAGAUCCGGCUCCUUCACCCCGCUGGCCGGCGAGCGGCGAACUCCAGGUGCAGAGCGGGACAAGGCCCCUCGAGCGGUGAGUCCCCUUUCCCCUCUACUCUCCUCUUCCCCUCUGAUCUCCUCUUCCUCCUCCAUCCCUGGGCGUGGUGGCGACGUACCAGGCACCCGAGUUAUGCUCGUACUGCGGCGGUGUGGUGGUAGCAGCCGACGUGGAGAGCACGCCGCAGCUCUGCUUCGCAUCCGACGCUGCUUCUUCUGCUCCCUCUGCUCACGUCGCCUCGUGUCCCUCGCCUGAACAUCCACGCUGCACCUGGAGUUCCAGAUCCUGGGUGCCAUGUCCAUCCACGCUGCACCUAGAGUUCUAGAACUUGUAGUACUGUAGUCUAAUUGAUUUUUGGUGCUAGUCUGAUUGAUUUUUGGUGGACUGAUAUCACAAGUAGUACUGUAGUCUGUAGGUAGUAGGAUUGAUUCGCCACAACAUCAGUAGUACUGUAGUCUGUAGUGGAUUGAUUUGCCAUGUUAUAGGUUCAGAGAAUAAUGUCCGAUCUUCACAUGGAAAAAUAAGCUCAAUUAAGAAGAGCGAUAUUCCAUAUCUAAGAAAUGAAAUCGUAGAUUCAUGCGUACUAUAAUGUCUAUAAAACUAAAAAUAGGAAAAGGAUAAAAAUGUAUAACAAAAGUAUGAAAUAUAUAGGAGUAGAUAAAUUAAAUUAUAAAAAACUUAUAUUUUGAUAAAUGUUCAGCAGGGAAAAAAUGUUGAAUGUGUUUUAGGUACAAGUCCGAUGCAUACAUGCAGUUAACACUUAUAUUUUGUUAUUAUGGACAGUUUGCAUGAACACUUGAUUGUACACCUAUAUAUCAAUUCUACAUGAUUGUUGUUUGCUUGAGAUUAUUUCCCCAAAUAUUGAUAUGAUUCCAGAUUCAUCAUGACAUGCCAUAUGUUUUUUUGGAUUUGAUGCUUACAUGUAGAUGGAUAAGAAGACCAAGGUUAUAGUUUGUGUUGCUGCUGCACAUAUAUUACUGUCAAUGAUGGCUAUGAUUAUUCAUUCUAGAAAAAGAAAACGAAAUGCAAGGAGGACUGGGAUUACCUAUGCACCAAUGCAUGAAAGGGAUAGAACUAGAAUUGAAUAUCUCAACACAAAGAUUUGGAGGGAUGACACAUGUAUAAACAUGAUUAGAAUGAAAAGGGCUUGUUUCUUUCACCUAACUAAACAUUUUAGAGAGCGUGGUUUACUUCAGGACACUAUCCAUAUGUGUGUUGAACAACAAGUGGCCAUGUUUCUAAAUACAGUUGGGCAUAACCUUAGAAAUAGGUUGAUUGGCACGAAUUUUGGUAGAUCUGGGGAAACAGUUAGUCGAUGUUUCAAUAAAGUUCUUCGUGCAAUUGGUGAGCUACGUGGGGAACUAAUUAGGCCACCUUCAUUGGACACUCCAACCAAAAUAGCAGGGAACUACAGAUGGGAUCCGUAUUUUAAGGAUUGUAUUGGAGCUAUUGAUGGUACACAUGUAAGAGCCACUGUUCCUAGAGAUAUGGAGCAUGCCUUUCGUGGUAGGAAGUCCUAUGCGACUCAAAAUGUAAUGGCGGCUGUAGAUUUUGAUCUACGCUUCACUUAUGUGUUGGCUGGUUGGGAGGGAACAGCUCAUGAUGCUAAUGUAUUACGAGAUGCUUUAGAACGUGUGGAUGGCCUUCGCGUUCCACAAGGUAAUAGUUUCACUUAUUUGCUUGUAAAUGACAAUGUUUAUGGAAUUAUGACCAUAAUAUAUAUAUAUAUAUUAUAUUAUCAUUGUAUUUUAGGUAAAUUCUACCUAGUUGAUGCGGGAUAUGGAGCAAAACCAGGAUUCUUGCCUCCUUUCCGUGGCGUGAGAUACCAUUUAAACGAAUGGGGCAAUAAUCCCGUACAGAACGAGAAAGAGUUGUUUAAUCUAAGGCACUCAUCUCUUCGCGUCACAGUUGAGCGUGCAUUCGGGUCAUUGAAGAGAAGAUUCAAGAUUUUAGAUGAUGCAUCUCCUUUCUUCCCUUUUCCAACACAAGUUGAUAUUGUUGUUGCUUGUUGUAUCAUUCAUAAUUGGGUCAUACAAGAUGGGAGUGAUGAGUUUAUUAUACAAGAUUCUAAUUGGCCUAGUAACAGUCAUGCUACAUCUUUAGUUGGCCAAGCAAGUGAGCAUGCUGCUAUGGUUGCUUUGAGGCAAGGAAUUGCAGACCAGAUGUGGACAGACCAUCAGAACUACAACGGAAACUAGUAUCUUGUAAUAUUUGUAAGAACCAUUUGUAAGGAUGCUAUGUUAUUGCAAGGAUGUAUUGGCUACUAUCUUUUAUUUGUAAGAACUAUUUGUAAGGAUGCUAUGUUAUUGUAAGGGCAUAUUGUUUGCUGAUUUUAAUGUUGCUAUGUCAUUGUAAGGAAGUAUUGUUUGCUAAUUUUAAUGUUGCUAUGUUAUUGUAAGGAAGUAUUGUUUGCUGAUUGGUAUGAUCCUGAAACUUGUAGGGAAGAAAUGGAAGCUGAAGGACAAGGCUUCACUAAUGGGCAUGCUACCUGGACAUCAGCAAUGUCCUCUUUCAUGUUGUCCUACCUUACCAAUGUGGUGUCAAGUGGCGAAAGGACAUCGUCUGGUUUUAAGAAAGUUCACUACAACAGUUGUGCAAAAGCUAUCAAUGAAAAGUUCCAAACUGCCCUCAAUGGCGAGCAGAUCAAAAAUCAUCUGAAAACUUGGUCCAGAAGGUUUGCCAAGAUAAAUAGGAUAAGAAAAGUGAGUGGUACAGGCUGGGAUGAAGAUAGUUUUACUAUUACUUUGGAUGAAGAGCACUAUAAUGGCUAUGUUAAGGUAUUAUUUCUUCUACCUGCAAUAUGUGUUCAAUCUGCAAUAUGUGUAUAAUCUGCUAUAUGUGUUCAAUCUGCAAUAUGUUCUACCUGCAAUAUGUGUAUGAUCUGCAAUAUGGGAUGAAGAUAGGUUGUUCCUUUGUUACUGCUUCUUGGCAACUCUCUCAUCUUCCUAUUACACAUAUCUCAACUUUCAGACUUAUGUACACAUAAUGCAGAUUUAUAAUAAUCCAAAUGUAGGAUCACAAGAAUGAUGCUGAUUGUUUAAACAAGCCUCUUGAACACUUUGCUGAGAUGCAAACAAUAUUUGGAAACACCAUGGCCACAGGUAAGUUUGCAAAGGAUUCUAGUGCAGCUUUAGGUGAAGAUGAUGAAGUUCAAAAUGAAGAGGUGAUGGCACAUGCUUUCACUAAAAGGAUGUCCAGUUGUGAUGAUAAUGCCACAACAUCUUCUACAAGCAAGACCAGGAAGAAGGCAAAAAAACGUGAUAGUGAAGAGGAGGGGUUGAUUGCUGCAUUCAAAAGUGUCGGGGAUACCUUAUCCAAUGCUAUUGAGAAGGUUGCCACAGGGGGGCACUGAUGUGCCAGAUGAUCUUUUUGACAGUUUGAUAAACCUUCCAGGUGUGUGUGCUUUGUUCUUAACUUCAGAUUUUGUAACCUAUUUUCUAUUGAUCUAUUUGUCCAAUAAAAACUAUUGUAACCUAAAACCUGAAAACUAUUGUAACAUAUUUUUUGACAAUUUGCAAAACUUUGCAGGUUUUGAGCAGAACCACAUAUCUCUGUAUUUCAAUUAUCUGGUGGCGCACCCUCACAUUGCUAGAGCCUUCAACAAGUUGCCAUUCGACCACAAGUUAAUCUAGGCUCGCAAUUUCAUCAGUGAAAAGUUCCCAGGAGUGUGAGGGCAAUUGGUAGGUAGGCUUGGAGGGUUCUUUUGCUUGAACUACAUCGAACAAUGAAUUGUGAUCUAUGUACGUAUGGAUUUUGUAGAAGCCUUGAACUUGAUAUUAUGUGUACCCAGGAGUGUGAGGGCAAUUAGUAGAUAGGCUUGGGCAGUUCUUUUGCUUGAACCACAUCAAACAAUGAAAUGUGGUCUAAGUACGUGCAGAUUUUGUGGAAACCUUAUAUUGGAAUAAUGGAAACCCUAACCCUAACAGGGGUUGGGUGGUGUAUUAAUAGACUUGAGUACUGGGCCGGGCCCAUUACAGAGGGGCGAGACAGUAAUUACAUAGGGAACAACCCCAAACCCUAAACGGGUAUUCUAACACCCCCCCCCCCCCCCCCGCAGUCACAACUCUAUCCUGUACAGAUGUUGAGACUGGAGCGAAAGUCUAAAAAUGCACUCGAUGGUAACCCCUUGGUGAAGAUGUCAGCGAAUUGCAGCGUGGUGGGGACGCUGAGAACCCGAACGUCACCAGCAGCGACACGCUCGCGGACGAAGUGCAGGUCAAUCUCCACGUGCUUCGUGCGCUGAUGCUGCACGGGAUUGGUGGAGAGGUAGACCGCGCUGACGUUGUCGCAGUAGACGAGGGUGGCGCGCUGAAGGGGACUGCGAAGCUCUCUGAGGACGACGGGCCUCCGGUCGAGGGGCGAGACAGUAAUUACAUAGGGAACAACCCCAAACCCUAAACGGGUAUUCUAACACCUUAAACUUGGUAUUAUGUGUAAUGCUAGAACACAUUAUUAUGUAUUGUGUGGAAUUAAUAAUAUGUGUGUUUUGUGGACUUAAUAUUAGUUGUAACAUAUCAUGAGAUGGGGGCAAUGACUGCAAGCAUUUUGAUUGAAUUCCAUUUUUUGUGAAGGACAAGUGUAACAGUUAUCUCUCAAACCAAACAAAGGACAAGACCAAUUCAUCCCCGGUUAUACCUCUAACCAAACAAAAAACAAGGACCAUCUCAUCCCUCCGACCAAACAAUACCAGAAAUCAUUUCAUCGCCCAACCCAGGGAUCAUUCUAUUCCGUCCUCAUUUGUCCCGCAACCAAACGCAUCCUAAAUAACUAGCCAUGGGCAAAGUAAAGGGUGGUUUGUGCUGCAGGUGCCAAGUAUUCUGAACAAAUAAAGUGGUAAAAGAUUCGAAGCAUUUGCAAACCGAAAGUACCAAAUAACAAGUACUAUAGUAGAAAAAAAUGGGGCUCCCUAUACAUGGGUACUCCAUCUCUGACCUAGUAUAUUAGUUCUCUAAUUGGUUUCCGAGAUAUAACUAUAUGAGUAAUGUACUCCAAUCAUAUUGUCAUAACUAAAGUGAAUCUUCAGUAUUCCAAACAUUCUAACAUCACAGAAGUAAACUUUGAA